ACCUUGGGGGUUUGUAUUGGUUUAUUCCCAGUUCUGACGGAUAAAUUCCAGUUCUUACUGUUCAUGUUUUCUCCUAAAUGGUCUUUAUAGAAUACAUUUUGCACUUUGAAAUUUGAGGGUGUGCGAAGUAUUUUAGACAUCUUUAAAAUCUGAAUCACCUUUUAUUCCUUCACUUGGUUGUUACAAAAGAAUGCUAUGGGCUCUACGUUUCAUCAAAUCAACUUAUCAGGCUGGUGCGGCACAACUGGCGAUCCUACUAGCUUGUGGUGUGAUGAGUCUUUGGAAAACCCUGACAAUAUGUUAGGGCACUGUAUUUGUUACACAAGCACUCCAAGUUCUUUUUCUACCACAUCCGGAAGUACAUCUUAUUCACGUGACCUCUACACAACAUCAAAACAACGUAGCCGAUCAGAAGAGAAGAAUCAUAAAUGUGAUGAUCUAUGUGAUGUAUUCCACAUAGCGAUCAAUCAUUCCCCUCUUAACAGAUGUUUUAAGAAUGUGUCUCCUGUUUAUGAUUCACGUUCUUGUCCUGAAACUAAACUUCAAGAUGGCAUGUUUAAGGAAAUAAACGAUGUUUCAGAAAUAACUCGUCAAAACCACAAACAGGAAGAAGAUUGUAAGCGGAGAAAGCCAUUUCGAAAGUCAUGCUCUUCAUUUUGUUGCAGUGAAGAUUCUGACUCAGUUCCUCCUGCAAUGGCUCUUAUCAAUGUGAAUCGUUUUAAUACGCAAAAUUUAUAUUCUGUUGUACUGAAUGAAAAUAAUAAUGAUAAUAACAAUAAUAAAAACUUAACAGUUCAUAGUGAUCUUAAUGCUGUAUCACAAUUUUCCAACUCAAAAAAAUCUUUUUCCACCUCAAGGAAAUCUCUUCCUGCAAUCCAUCUUGAAUGUGAUCUAGAAAUGAGCAAUAGUAGUGGUACUAGUAGCUUGUCUGAUGGAGCUGUGAUUGUAGAUGAAAUAAAAUGUAUACAAUCUGAUAAAUACCCCAUAGUUUUAUCGAAUGAAUUUAAUAGCCACUGUUUAAAUACUUUACAAUUUGGACAGGCAAGUGCAUCAGCUAGAGAUUCUGGUUUGAGUUCUCAUUCAAGCAAUUCAAUAAAUUAUUCUCCUAAUUCUGCUCAUUUUCAACCUAAAGGCUUGAUUCAUAAAUAUCAACUGAGUCUGUCUCCUACACCUCCACCAAUACCGGCUCAUGCUCCUCAGUCACAGGCCAUGACUGCACUUGUGCAUCGUAACAAAAGAGAUUUUUCGAAUAUUACAAUCCCAGUAUCGUGUGGAAAUGACUUAUCAAGAUGUACAUGCCCUAUAAAUCCAAGUAAUCGAGCUUCUGUAAAUAAAGUAAAUGGUACAACUAUUCGACUGCACUACCAUGACAAUGAACAGAGAAUAUGUUCAGAAUUAAAAGACAAUCAACACCACAAACAGCUUGAUGAACAGAAUAUUGACUCUUCUUUAUCACCUAUAUGGAAACGGAAAUUAAACAGUUCAACAAUGGAAUUGAAACCUUUACUAACUGAAAAGCUACCAGUGGUUACUUCAUCACCACCUAUUAGAAUAGAAAAUGAGGAGGGAAACAAAAGACAAGAAAACUUAAUAAUUGAUUUUCAUCAUGAAAACCUUGUAGAAAAUGAUAAACAGCAUAAUGUAAACCAUUGUUCACUUCUUGACAAUUCUAUUACAGAGGAUACUUGUACAUUAUGUACACUUAACUGGCAAUUUUAUUUAUCACAGCCUAGCAGUUUUCCAUUUAAUAAAGUGAUAUGUUCAAAUGAAAAUAAUACAUGGUAUUUUUUAAAACAUGAUUAUUUUCUCAAAACUACAAUACACUUGUACAAAUCUGAUCAUUGUUACAAUUGUCGUAGGCAUAUUUAUGCUGUUGGUGUAAAUUUGUUUAACAGAAAUCCUUUGAGAGGUCUCAAAUUUUUGUCAAAAUAUAAUUUCAUAAAAUUAUCUUCUAGUAAAGAAAUUUCUCAAUUUCUUCAAAAUAAUUCUGAUCUGUGCCGUUCAAAAAUUGGAGCAUUUCUUGGUCUCCCUCCCAGUGAAGGAAUCAAUCCAACUGAAGUAACAAUGAUUCUUCUGAAGUCUCUAAAUAUUUCAGGUUUGGAAGUGGAUGAAGCUUUACGCCUGGUUGUACAUCGAUUUGGUAUGCCGGUGGAAUCACAAGAAAUUGAUCGUUUACUACAGUGUAUUUCUGAAUAUUAUCAUACAGUCCGUUGGGCGUCCACUUCAUUCACCCCAUCAAAAAUUUGUCCGAAUUUAAACAGUCAUCCUGUAAAAAUUCUACCAGCUCCAAUCACUGUAGAUCAAUUAACGCUAAUAUUUUAUGCUGUUCUUCUACUACAAACUAGUCUUCAUAAUGUCAAUGCUGCAAAAUCAAGUUUAGGCAAACAGAAUGUUAAUCAGUUUAUAAAAAAUGUACAUGAUCUUUUAUUUAAUCAACCAACAUCAUCAUGGCCGUCAUCUUCAACUAUACCAAAUGAUAGUGAUAGACAAGAGUCAUCAGUUAAUGGUUAUUGUAAUAAUACAGUGGAAGCAAGGAGAAUAUUUUCUAAUCGUGCUCUGACUGAAAUAUAUCAUCGUAUUAAAGCAAGACCACUUGUACCAGGCCCUGACCAAACAGAAAUUGUUCGACAUAUAUCCAAAGCAAUGGGAAAUCUUAAUGAGCUGAAAGUUUUUGGUGGUGAAUCAACUUCAAAUGUAUUCGAGUUGGUGGAAUCACACCGUAGAUUGGUUUGUUAUUGCACUGUUAUACAUAUUGUACAAAACCAGCCUCCCAAGAAAGAAACCAGUCUUCUUAGACACUUAUUUGUUUUCAAUGAUUUGAUAAUCAUUGCUAAGGAUGCAUCAUCAAAACACGUCUGUUGUCGGCGAUCAGUCUUCGACAAGUCAAAACAAAGGCAAAAAUCAAUUGAUAAUGUAUUGUCUAUUCAUUGUAAAUAUGAUGGAUUUCUUCAACCACCUGUAGAUUUAUUCAUCAAUAAUUGUAGUGAAAAGCAAAAACUAAAUACUACCGAGUUGAAAUCAUUAACUUGUAUUCAACCUACAGUCAAUUGUGUUCCAUAUGGUAGAAGAAGUAGAUCGAAAAAUGAUAUGAUUGGUCGAAAGGCAUCCAAUCGUAGUCAAUUUUCUCGCACACGUUUGAUUGCUUUAUUUGCUAUUUCAUUGGUUCAGUGUAAAAUUCGCCCGUUUAAAACUGAUGUGUAUAAUUAUGGAGUGGAGUUUUGGAGCUUUCCAAAAGAAAAUCCCCUAGAUAUAAAUCCUGGUAAUUUAAUCAACACUGGACGACCUGAACAAUUGGUUAUUAUUGCUGCUUUAACUAAAAAUGACUAUCAUAAUCUAUUAACAGAUUUAUUUCAAGCACUAUGUGAAACAAAUCAUGUUCAAAUGGAAUUUAAUUGAAUAUUGAUCAAAUAUUUUAUUAGUAAUAAUUGUAGAAAAGAUUACAUAUUCAUUUAUAUAUUUUCAUUAAUCUUUUCUCUUUUUCUUCCAAUAUAAUUGUGUUGAUCUUAUUCCUAUAAACUUUAGAGGUGUUAUUUCAAAUACAUUCCAGAUUAGAGUAUAUCGAAUGGCUUACAGGAUUAUGUCAUUCAUGAUUUAUUAUAUGAUGAAUGUUAUUUAAGUUGAUAGGAGUUGACAGUAUGAAAAAGAUAUCACUUGUUCUAUUCAUUCUUUACAUGAAAACUUAUAAAAUUUCCUCUUUAACAUCUUAAAAAUUCUUCGAUAAAUAGAUGAAUAGAUUAUACAUCUGUUUGACUAUUUUCUUUCAUAUCUUUAUAUAAACUAACUAUAAAGUUGAUCUCAUUAAGCGAAGUAAUAAUAAUAAUAAUAACUAUGAAGUAUUAAUCAUAGUACCGAUUAAAUUCAUUCAUCUGUAUAUUGGUUUUCAAAGAAUAGAUCUUCAAUUAACAGAUUUGAAAUUCUCUUUUUUGUUAUUGUUUGCUUGUUUCUUUGGUUUAUCUUGUUUUGUUCAUUUUGACGUUUUCAUUACUCCAUUAAACUGUCUUAGUGCAAGAAACAAUAUAUAUAUAUAUAGUAUGUAUAUAGAGAAAUUGAUGAUAAUUUUAUUAAAGUAUAAAUGAAUAGUAUACUUAUUCGUUUAAAUAAUUAUUUAUAUAUUUUUUAAAGUUUAUAGGAAUAAGUUUAUUUAAACAAUUAUUCAGGUUUCAAUGUACUGUGAUUAAAAUUUCUCUCAUUUUUAUAAUUUCAUUCUAUUGAGAUAUUCUCUUUCUUUGUUUUUUUCAUUGAUUUCACUUUAGCUCAAUGACAGUGAAUCAGUACAAAUAUUAUUAUUAUUACUAAUAAUAGUAUUGGUAGUGGUAGUAGUAGUAUUAAUUACUAUUAACUUUACUGUUAUUAUGGUCAUUUGUAUUUUUAUGUUUAAUAGAUUUGAAUGUAAUCAUAAACAAGAGGUUAUUAUUAACCUUUUAUUUCGUAUAAGCAUUACACAUAGAUGAAUACUUAUUAAAUAGUGAUACAGUCUGUGUUUAAUUCAUUUUCUUUCCUCAUCUUUCAUCAAUCUUUAAUUGAAAUAACCAGAGUAUUUCAACUAUUAGAAAAUAAUAAAAUAAAAAAUGAUGUAUGCAUGUUUGACAUAUUUAUUCAUCUAGUUAACUAUGAAUAGGAUAACAUUGUAAAAUAAACUUGUGAAAAGAGAACAAAUUAAAAUAGAAUUGAUGUGAUAAAUGAACUUUUUUUUAGUUAUUUCUAUGUCGAAUUAAUCAACUUUAUCAGUUAUUCUUAAAAUUCAUACUGAUGUACUUAGAAUAAUGAAUUUCUUUAAAUACUCUGAUAUUAUAGAUAAAUGGUGAUGAUUGAAAGUGUAGUGAAAAUUUGGACUGCAGUGACUACCGGGUUUCCUAUCCUAUAUUCGAUUAACUAAGUUAUAAGGCUUGACUGCUGAAUACAUUUUUAUUUCAUUUCAGUUAUUGUUAUAUAUGAUAAAAAGACUAAUUGUUGAAUAAAUUGGCUAAUGAAGAAUCUAUUGAUUUCAAGUUAGACAUUUUUAUAGAUUAUCAUUGAUAAGUGAAACAAUGAAAAAUGAUGGAGUG